UUAUUACUGCCAGAUGUGUUCACCACAGCUGGGAGCACUGCAGUGAGUUCCGAAGGAAUUACUCCCCGAGUGCAGUCUGAAGCAGAAAUGCCGGAGUGUUGCUCUCCAAAGGUCUGUGCAAACUGUCUGCCAUACAUUUGCUCCUUCAGUUCUGGUAUUGAAUAUGUCCUGAUCUGGCAGUACUGUCACUUAGCGGGGCAUACACUUCAAGCGCUCUCCUAAGGCUGGCUGCUCUCUUCACAACAGCCUAGUGAAGAGAGCAGGCUAGAAUGCCUUAGCACCACAGACUGAAUUUGGCUGAAGGACACAUCUGCAGGAGCAGCUGCUUUUGUGUUGGGAUCUACCUGCAUGCAUUCUGCAAGAAGGGUCUGCGAUAGGGCACCAGAAGAAGCAGUGAGUGGUUGAUAAUGGCCGUGAUGUGCAUGGUGAGGAUCAGAAAAAGGCUGCUCUGCAUGUCUGCUCAGCAAUAGGAAUGAGGAUACGGAAUAGUGGGCAGCACCGCGAGGUGGAAGGCUGCAGUAGAUAAGGGCAGAGUGCAGAAAAGGGAGAAAAAGCAGCGCCUGGAGCUCAGUGCUGGGUGUUGUGUUUGCAGAUAACACGUGUGGCUUGUUGAGAUUGUUUAAAACAGUUUCUCCUGCAAACUGAUUUUUGCCAGGGAUUUAAUUGCUGGUUUGCAACUGCAUGUGAAUCGCUGUUUGAACUGUUGUUUGUAUUUAUCUUCCUCAAAUACCUGGUGUUAAUUCUGGAGUAAUAGGAUUGUCAAGCUACAAAGAUAUUGUUCUGAUCUGUAAAUGAAAAUAGCCAUUAGUUAACAACCAUUGGAGUUCAUCAGCUAGAUGUCUUGGCUGCAACUCUGCUUUAUGUGGGCAGAAUUUAAAUGGGAUUGGGGUCAGCAGUAAUUCAGGCUGAUCAAGGAUGUGGGGUUUGCUUAUUGCCAAGCUGUAUGCAGAUUAGAAAAGAAUGGUCAGGGAACUUGCAUUAGCAGUAAAUGAAAACAAAGAUUGAUCCAUAUCUCUAUUCUUUAAUCAUCACCUUGGGUGGGGAUUGUGCUUCUUGAACAAGCGGGCAAAGAAAAGUAGCAGAUUUCUCUCAAGAUUUUCUGUACCUUUGGUCUUUUAUUAUCCCUUUCCAGUCAGUUGCAGAAAAUGGGCUGACAUAUCCGCCUGUGCUGGGAUGGAUGUGCCUGUGCCAGUAUUGCUGUGCCUGCUGACCUCCUCUCCGUACAAAGGCAAAUGGAAAAGCCUCACAAACUUUUUCUUGAAUCCUGAAGCCAGGACUGAGGCCUUAAUUCUUAAAAUGAUUGUCCUCAUUUUCAUUGUGUUCUUGGCAUGUGAAUACAGGAUUUGGAACUGCCUGCCCUCCACUUGUUUUUCCACGUUGAAGACAUUAUAGCUGGUGCUGCUUUGUUCCAUGUACAUCCCUUUGCCCAUAGAAGUUACAGCUGAGCAGCUGCUUUGUGUGGGAAACUGAUCUCUAAGAAGGGACACUCGCGGAUCUUGUCUUACCUCUGUUGCACUGGUGUGCAUGAAAUAAGUCUAAAGUCAUUUAACAAUCAUAAUGGCUGACUCAACUUUACAUGUUUUCCUAUUGUGUAAAAAGUCUUAUCUGCUAAAUUUGAUUUUUACUGAAGAAUGCUUUUAAAUAGUCUUUAUCACAGAUGCUCACUUAAUUCUGCCCCAUGCAGGUCUUUCAAAAUACAGUCUUUUCACUUCUCUUUCUCAAAAGAAAGCAAGGCGGGACCAAAACGCAUAGCAUGUAUAAGUGAAUUGCUGGUGUGCAGCCCAGUGGGAAAAGGAGGUCGUUUAAGAUAAGGAAAAAACCUCUUGAACAAAUCUCUGUAUUAAUGAAUUCAGAAGUUGCCUGCUUGCUUGUUAAUGUGGGUCUAUUGUAACUGCUAGCUCAGCUGCCUGUUUGGCUUUGUGAAGAGCCUUCCAUACUGUAGUUUUCAAAUACAGAACUAAAACCAUGCUGAGCUGUUCUUCUGCCCUGACGAGAGCUUUUAUGUAUGUGCAGUGGCUGCCUUCCGUUUGCUGUCUUGUUCUCCAGCCCUCAGUUUUAUAAGCAGGCAAGGCAGCCCUGUGUCCUGGCAGCACCUCUGCUUAAACUGGAGCAGCGUUGCUGCCCGUCUAGGAGGGGUGACCCAUGUGUUAGUUCAUUGUUUGCUUAUCCUUCUCUUGCUUCAAUGACAGAAUACGUUUUUCCUUUGAGAGGGAUAGGGAGAAUGGAAAAUAGUUCCCUUCUUGAUGAGAAGUCCUUGGGCUCAUUGUCAGCAGCAAGUCAGUUGUGAAUAUGGGUUUCCCCAAACAAGCGUGCCCUAUAUGUACGUGCUGACAGUCUGUUAAGCUUCCUUGACCUCAGCUGCUCCAUCCGGCAGGCUUGGAGGUAUGUAAAGCAUGCACAGCAUCUUCUUGCAGGUCCUGGCAACGAUGGGUUGAAAAUAAUAACAGAAGAAAUAAUCACAGAGUCUCUAUUAUUUUAAAGAUGCAUAUGAAUGCUCAUAGGCAUAUAACUGAUGAAAAGAACUUGCUUCAACAUUAACUUGCUAGGCAACGUGCUUGGCAUUACCUUGUGCCUCUCUUUGCAGUCUCAUACAGAAAUCCAGGCUGCCUGGGCACUGAGCCAGCAGUGCUUUUCAGCAGCGCUCCAGGGACUGCCCCGUCAUCAGGGUGCUGCGUGGUCCCAUCCCACUAGGCGCCAUCAGCCCUCCCAGCAGUGUGUACCUGUUCCCAGGGCUGUGGGGCUGCCUUGCACCCCAGGCAGUGUUGUGCAGGGCUCAGUGACAGCCACCCUUUUGCCCGUCCCUGGCCCUGUGCUUUCCUUGGAGCCCCGGCCUUCUGACUGGAGCAGGAGGAGCAUUGUCUGAAUGCAUGUCUAGGAAAGGCAGGCAGCUGGUACAGAGCCAGUGCUCACAGCAGAAAAACCUGACCUGAUGGUGUCAGUGGAUUGAGUCCUUAUUUCUGUUGUGCUCUCCUUCCAGGAAAAACAGCCAGAGUAUUGCUAGAAGCUGAAAAGGUGACGGGUGGGGUUUGAGGUAGUUGGGUGGCACUGGUUGGUCUUUUGAUCUUCCAGUGCAGGGAGCUGAGCAGCUGCCUGUGGUUGCUCUGAUUUCCUGGGGAGUUGUGUCGUUAGCUGGAAAGUGAUGGAAAAGAAAACAGUUUGUAUUGGGGUUCAUGGAAGUGAGGUCUUGUAGGGUUACAAUACGUGCAACUGGAAUGAAACGUUGUUAUCGUUGUUAUUGUUACUUUUCCCCUUUCCAUAUUGAUUUCCUAUUUACAUAGAACUUGAUGCGAAUGCAGCUCUUUUAACUGAAGAUUUGAUUUCCUUCCUGUGUCUGAACUGUAUACACAGUGUUGUAAACCUCUCCUUGUCUGUCUUCACACAAGUGUUUGAUUCAAAAUAUAAACAAAAUUAGAAUGCUGAAUGUAUUUGUACUUAAAAUCCUUCCAGGUGCAGAAAUGCCAGGAGUUUAUUAAAGCAGGUAAGGAAUGCUGAAAAAUAUCUUCUUUUGGAAAUCAUAGCCAUGAAUUAAACCAAAUGGGUAAUUAGGAAUCAGACCGUGCAGACAAAAGGCAAAGAAAGGUUUCUAAUUAUCUUGUCAUUUAAAUACAGCUUUCAUUCAAGGAAAGGCUGUGAGAAAGGCUAUUUUUAGGCUGAAGUUUUGCAGAGCCCUGUGGGAAUGCAGUGUCCCUCUAAUAAAUCUGUCCUCCUGUGUUUCAGAGAUUUCCAAGUGUUCAUCUGAGAAUCGUGCUGUCUCCACGCUUCUUCCCUGUGCUGGAACUACUGGGGUUCUGUGCUGCAGUUCUGGAUGGCUGGUUGGGGUGUGUUUAGUCCAAAAACAUUACUGUGUUUUUUAUCCUUGUGAUUGGACUCUGCUGUUAGUGGUUUACUUAAAACAAAGACAGACGCUGGCUGUGGUGCUGGCUGCCCAACUGGAGCUAUCUGGGGUAUUUCAAGUAUUUCUGGGUUUUCACUGACAAGGAUAAGAACAUCUGUAGCUGUCUGUCCUUACUGCUGCCUGCUCCUGGCUCAGUUAUUCCUCUUGGAAUUCCCAGGGUGUUUGGGAAUACUGGUGCUGAGGGCAUGCAGCUAUGCUGGCAUUGGCUGUUUCAGACCCUGCGUCCUUGUAACGUGAGGUUCUACAUUGGAUGUUAUCUUUAAUAGAGAUAAAGUUAAACAUCAACGCAAAGAAAACAAUCAGGGUACAGGCAGAGUACAUGUCUGUUUUGUUACAGGGUAUGAGUGACUUUGUUCUGCAGAAACUUUUCAUCCAUUAUUCAGUGCUUUGGUAUAUUCUGAGGAUCAUUCGUUCCUCUAAGAAGUUGGUUUUGUUCCACUAAAAAUGCUGCAGUCAGGGCUGCCCAACGCGUUGUGGGAGACAGCAGCUGGUUUGCACUGUGCUGCUUCUCAGGAUGGCUUAAGUUUGGUGUGGAAGGAACUGCAGAACUCCCCUUUGAGUCCCAGUCCUGCGUGUGAACAGCAGUUUUGUUGUAUCCCCACUGGAUGUGCUUAAAUCUGCUUAAACCCCAGCAGGUAUCAGUUGAGCUUAAAGAUGAAUUCUAAAUCAUUAAACUCAUUUACGAGCAUUUAGAAGGGAGUUUGGACAGACUGAGCUGAACGGAUCAUAAAGGAUUGCUGCUAGGGAGGUGUGGGUUGUGCCGGGGCUCAGGCUGUAAUAUAAGACCACAUUCCUUUCCUGUGAGCUUUACUGUAUGACUGCUGCCAAGUCACAAGAGUCCAUAAAGGCACUUGCAAGCUGAUAGACAGUUAAAUCCACAGAGAGCAUCUGGAGGGGAGCAGGCUGCUGGGUGGGAAGGAGCAUCCUCUCCAUUCAGCAUGUGAGAGUCCAUUGCCUGCAAGCAUUUGUGUCUGCUAUCUAACAUCCCUGGGUUAGGGCUUAGAAACAACUGCUCUUUUCAGAAUGCCCAUAUAACCCACAGUGAGGUGAUGAAGAUCAUUUAUUUUGGUUGCUUUCCUACUUAAAAAAUCCAACACAGCUAUUAUACAGAGCAGGCAGAUACCAAGCUUUGCUAAUCUGGUUUGUAACACUUGUUCUUCUGUUUUCUCUCAGAGGAAGCGUCCCCUAUAUUUCUUUCUAGCUUCUGGCUUUUGUCACCAAAGGCACCAGAGCGCCCUGUACCACAGCCGGGCCUGGGAGCACCAUGUCGUGCUGCUGGGUCUGCAGCCUGCAGGGCCAGGAUGGGCAGCCCUGCUCAGUAUUCCCUUUUUUUGUUUGUCCCGGCUGUUGAGGGAGGAGGAACACACAGAAGUAAGAACAGGAAGCAGUUUCUGGAAUCACAAAUAGCUGCUUGCAUUUCUCUUUGUACAUUUUCCAUGUAAUGACAGAGACGUUCAAUUUUUCUUCUCUUGCUUUCAGACUGCAAUUUCAGCAGCUUUGUAUUUCCUCUCCUGGGAAGGUUUGAAUGAAGAUGUAAAUGAUACAUAAACCCAUUGACACCACGCACAAGUCCAGAAGCGCAUAUUUAAUAGCACUCUCUGAAGCCAGCUGAGAAGCAGCUGUGCUCCUCUAUGUUCCGUACAGCUCAUCUUUUUCUCCAUGGUCACUGAGUGAAGUGCUGUGCUGACCUCCAGCUUCAGGUGCUUGUAAGGCCUUUGCAAAGGCAGGGGAACCUUCUGGGCAGGGCUGCUCCCAGCUUGGUACAGCGCAGGAGCUGGCAGCCACCCAUCCGCUCAGUGCUGGGCACUCUGCAGCACACGAUCCUCGGCCUGCUGCAGGGAUGGCCCUGUGACUCCUCAGCACGUUUUUCCUGACUAACUUGAAAACUGUUUAAACUCACUACUGAUGUCCAUAGGACACCUCGUUCCCCACAGCAGCUCUGCUGGGCAGAGUUUCUGCUUUAGGACCAGAAUCACUUCACAGGAAGAAUGCCCUCCUCAAGGUCGCAGCCACCUUUAGUUUGAUUUUUGUGUAAAACCAGCCUAAUUUUGAAGCCGAAUGAAAAGCAGUAGUAAUAUUUUGUCUAAGGGGACUCGUGUCAUAGAUAAAAAUAAUCUUAGAAGGCUGCUUAGGCUGAAGGAGAACAGCUAAGGCUCCUGUUCUCCUUCAGACAGAGACCUUUGGUAAAACACCACUUUGUCUGUAUUUUUCCCCCCUCCCCCUUUUUAAAUCCAGGCUUUUUCUCUUUUGGGAUUCACCUCCUGGCUUGGGAAGUGUUUCUCUGUCCUCAUCUUUUUUUCUCAUUAGUCAGUUUAAAGUGUUGUCUGAGUUCUCACACAUCUCAGCUUCUGACGUGCUUGUCUAAGAUGAAGGUGUUUCUUUACUUUCUUGCCAUACUACCUUCUCCAUACCCAUUCUCCUUUUGUUCUUCCCCCCACCUUCAACUGUCAGUUCUUUAAUUCCAGCUGCCAAAACCUCUGUUUGCAGACUGUGCAACCAAUGUGCUUUGUAAACUGUGCUUAUGCAACACUUUACAGUACUGAGCCCUGUGCAGGCACACAACUGUGCCAGGGUGCUGGGGUUCAGAUGCGUCCCUCUGCUGCAGGAGGGAGCACUCUGGUGUGUUAGUGUAGGAGACAUAGUACUGACUUGGUGUUAAAAAAGAAACCUGGGUCCUCUACCAUGGCAUUCAAUGAUCUGAGGCCCUCAGAAAGGAGCUCUACAUGGACAGAUGGAGAAGUGCUUUGUAGAGGAGAGAGAGUAAGCUGAAGAGAGCUCUGGCAUUUCCAGUUCUUUUUCCUGCUGAAUCAGUGGUGCAGCAGAAUGGGGCUGGAUUCUGUGCUUCCCUGACCAGUUGAGUUGUGUUGGUGAUCCUUGUGCUCUUAGCAGAGAAUUGCUGCAUCUGAGUGCUGAGAUGUGCUUUGGGGUUUGGUGUACUUGUGUUACACAUACGUGUGUGUGCAUGUAAAAAUGUGUGUAGUUGGUCAAAAUUAUUUUGGUAGAGCUAUAUAGAUCCUCAUGCAUUGCAUAUUUAAUUGCAUUCACUGUUAAUAGGCUCCUAUCUUAAUUAAUAUAAGGUUCUCUUAGGGAAGCAAAUGAGAACAAUUUCAAAAAGGUUUACUAGAGAAGAAAGAUGAUGAGUUCUGAAAAUGAUGGUGUAGUGGGUGAGAACAUGGGUGGGUUUAACAAGAGUUGGAUCUGGGAUGUCGCCUUUCCUUUUUAAGGACCUUUCAAGAAGCAGAGAUGUAAAGGGACUGAAGAGGAGAUGUAAAGGGGGCAGAUUCUCAUGUAGCUCCUCCAGUCAUUCAGUGGGACUCACAGUUAGGUGGGUGCAGUUAGUUGUGGGCAGCCAAAAUCGUGGCCCUCUUGAAGUCAGUAGAAAACUCCUGCAGCCUUUCAUGGGGCCAGGACAUGGUCACGCGUUACACGUGUUGAUGUGUAGUUUCCACUGAGGAAACGUCAGCCAAGAAGCUCAGCGAAGCAUGGAGUCUGAAUGUAGAGUACAAAUUGCAACCUUGAAUUUAAGGAGGAGAGGCAUGCUUCAAUGGCAGCUCAUUAGAGAAAAGCAGAUAGAAGCUCCCAUGCCUCACGCUCUGCAUCUCCUCGUUUUCUGAUUCUGUUGCUACGGCACUCAUAAAAUUCCAGCAUUUUUUGUGCAGCAAAGGGAAAGCGUGGUAAGUCACUCUGGGGUUAAUAGCUCCCAGGGUGCCUGGGUCAGGUCCAGCAUUUCUGACAAGCAGCCCAAUGUAGGUAAGUCAUUACAUAGGGCUGAGGUAUUGAACCUGAGAGAGAUGCAGGUUUCACCACCUCAGCCUUCGCUCAGGGCAGGGUCCUGCUGCACGGAGCUGGGUGCGUGGUCUGCCUGGUGCAUGGCAGGAGGGAGCUGUGUGCUCCUGGGAGCCCCUCCAUCACUGUCAGUCAUGGAAGAAGAUACAAUGGUUCUGCAGAUAGUUGCUCAGUAUUAUUAUUUUUGAUAGGAACAGAAUGUUCAUUCCUACUUUUUUUUUUUUUUUUUUUUUUUUAACAAGGAAGAAGUGUUGGCUCCUUGGAAACGUGCCUGCAGUAAUGACUGCCUCUUCCCUGUCACUUAUUGUGGCGUUGUCUGGGCAAUGUGCAAGCAAAGAAGGGAAAAAAGAUGAAAAUAGCAUCCUUCAGCUCCCGAGAUGUGGUAGCGCAGGCUCCCAAGCUUUUGGUCUUUGCUAAUAGCAACCAUAGAAUAUAUAUAUAGAAUGUCUUCAGCUGUGGCAAGCAGUGCUUUGGUCCUUUUGUUUGGCAGCUUUUGAAGCACCUUAUCUUCCUGCUAGGUUCUUUAAAUAGCAACAUCUGAACUAUUUGUCAUCAGCUAAAGGAGUUUGUGUCUGCAUUUUUGGGACUGUUCUCCUAUGGAAAGGGCAUUGUUAGCAGUAAUUAGAUGAAAUUCACGUUCAGACAUGUAAAUGGAAUCUUAAAACUGGAAAAAUACCACUUAAAAAUAAGUAGGAGAAGGGUGGACCUUCAGUUUCAUGGCUCUCUUUCAUGAUUGUGGUUCACUGCACUUAAUGUGAACAGAACGUACAGGUGGGUGUGAAUUUUGGAAAGUCUGAUAACCUUCUGUAGAAAUAACCCCCAGUUACUGCUGUGCCCCAUGAGGUUACACUGAUGCUGUACCUGAAGGACCCAAGGCACACUGAUGGCAUUGCAGUGACUCACAGUCUGUUGCUUUUAGACAGCGUGCACAACUGGCUGUUAUAGGGAGAUGCUUGGAUGCGAGGCAGGGGGAGAGAAGAUAUUAGCAAAGAAACUUCUUUCAUCCACAGUGGCUAAAGCCAAGGCAGUCAGAAUGCCAGCAUUAACAGAAUCUUUUUUCCUGCUAUGCAAUCUGUUUUUUUUCCUCUCCUGAAAGCUUUUUAAUUGAUGCUACAAAGCAUUAACUUUUGCUGAUUAUUUUAACAGCAAAAACGACUUAAGAGGGAAGUGGGAAGAACCAAGGAAUGUACCUUUUGCUGAUUGAUUUAUGGUUACAACUCAGCUGAGCACUGUUUGGAAUAAAAGAGCUGUAGUUGUGCUGAAAGGAAGGGGCAGGAAGGGAGGCUGUGUCCUGUCCUGGUGGCUGUGGGCACAGAUGCCUGUGCUGCUGGAGCAGCCUUUCCAGCACAGCCCUCCUGCUCGUGGGCAAGAAGCACCGCUGCCUCGGUUGGGUUCACAUCCCUGCCGGGGAGGGAAAGCAGCAGCAGAAGUAUCUCACGAGUGGCCGGGCUGCAUCCAGUCCUUUGUGCUUGUGGUGUCCUCUGCCCCUGCUGUUGUUGUGAGACAGUGAGAGCCCUAUUCAUUCAUGCAUGCUAAUUAUGAUAGAGACUUGCACUGAUCCUUCUGAGAACAGUUGGCUCGUUUUCAACUAACUGUAAACAGGCUGCCCGAAGUCACGAAAAGAGUCUAAAAAGAACGUUAUUGAUGUUUCCUAGCUAGCUGCCAGUUAAUGCAGCAGCACAGGGCCGAGUGCAGAUGGCAGAGCAUAAUUACAUUUCAAUUUCCUUCCUUUAAAUUAUAGUAGAUUCUACUUUCAUUACAGCUUUAAUUUUAUUGCAAGGGCCUAUUUCUUUAGCUCUGUGUGUGAAACCAAGUGCUGAGGUGGCCCUUCAGGAACAGGCAUUACCCUUGGAGCUGCAUCAUAUUUAAUAAGUAUGUAUAACACAGUAAUCUUGUAAAAGGUGGUUACCUCAAUUAUUAAUAAUUAGGAUUUAUGAGUUAAGUAAUAUGCUGCAGCUGUGUCCUAUUGGCAAAUCCGUAUGGAAAGCUUAGAGUUCUUGGUGACAAACGAGCAUUCUGAGCUAUGCAUUGUGUGCUCCGUUAUGCAAAGGUGCUGUGCCAACGCAGCUUUGUCUCAGCAGUGAGAAUCGCAUCGGGCAGCGUCAGUGUGCUUUGCUUCCAGUUAAAUGUACUUAGAGUGGAGCAGCCCCGUCUGUGCGCUGCUGACCCCGGGGCCGGCGGUGCCUCCUGUGCCGCACGUCACCCCGCAGCUCCCUGCUGUGAGCCGCUCUGCUGGCUGCUCUGCGGCAGCGUGGCCGUAGGGCUGCACUGCAAAGCUUUUGGGGCUGAAAUCUGGAGAAAGCAGGGCUGUGCGUUGCAGGUGGGGGCAGGGAGGGAGGGGUGCUCAGCGUGACGGAGCCUCUGCUGCCCAGGGCUGCUCGCAGGUUCCCGCAGCUCGCUUAGAUGUGAGAGUGCCGGGGUCGGUGAGGCAGCGCGGACGGUGCCUUGCCUUGUGUCGCUGGGCGUGCAGAGCAGCCCGGGUCGGGCCCUGAGCGUCCGCAGGCGAUGGGCCGCUCCGUGCUGCGCCCCCGGCAGGUGCGACGCGCAGGGACGGGACUCGCGGCUGCGGGCAGCGCCGUGGAGCUGGGGCGGAAAGGUGCGGGGAUCCCGCGCAGUCCCGCACGCUCCGGGGCGCUGCCGGGACCGUGUGCACGUGCUGCGCUCCGCGGGACGCUCGGGGCGGGCGCGGGGCAGCGCUGUGCCGAGGAACGAUCCCUCGGAGCGUUCCGUCACCUGGCAGCCCGCGGGGACGCGAUCUCACGUCAACGUCGAGGCGAAUUGCUUCGCUUCUCGCUGAAGCCCGACCUCGCUUUGCUGGAGCCGUGCGGGUCCUGCGGGGCGGGAGGCGGCCGCGCUCGGGCCCCGGCGGCGCCGCGCGGAGGUGAGACCGCGAGCUGCGAGCGAGACGGGGCGGCUCCUCCUCCUCCUCCUCCUUCCCCCCCUUCCCCGUCCCGGCGCGGGGUUGCGGCGCUCGCGGGGCCGAUCCGCGGGGCGGGACGCGGCGCUUCCGCCUCGGGGGAAGCGGCGAUGGACGCGGUCGGCGGGGCGCUGGGGAAGAGGAGAGGCACCGCGCGGCCGCACGGCAAGCCCCGGCCGCAGUCCUACCAGAGCCCCGGCGGGCUGCUCGUCACCGACUUCCCGGUGGAGGACAGGUGCGCCUUCACCCUCGCGCAGCCCGCGGCCACCGUCAGCGCCGCGCCCCGGGGGGGUUCCCCGCGCCUCCCGUCCCGCGUGGGCUCGGAGCCGCCCGCCGGGCUGCUGGCGCUGCUCUCCAGCGCGUCCCUCGGCUUCGUCGCCAACGGCGCUUUCCCGGCGCCGGGCAGCCCCCCGCCCCGAGGGGCUCGAGUUGAAGCCGAGCGGGGACCGGCGGGGACCGAGGGCAUCUCCAGGACCAUGUCCCCGGAGCGAGGAGUCGCCGCCCCGGCCCCGCUCCCCGAGCAGUCCGCCGUCACGCUGAGCACCCACAGCCCCGCCGCGCUCAAGGUGGGCACGCAGCAGAUCAUCCCCCGCGGCCUGGCGUCCGACAGCAAAGCGACCCACAAGGGCGGCGCGGAUGCCGGCAGGAGGGUGCUGAAGGUGCGCAGCAUGGUGGAGAGCCCCGCUGUGCCGCUGGGUGCCGAGGAGGAAACCGAGGGUGAGCCGGACAGCCCGGGCGUGCUGCGGCGCGGCCUGCGCUCCACCUCCUACCGCCGGGCCGUGGUGAGCGGCAUCGACCUCGACGGCUCCGCCAACUUCAAGAAGAAAAACAGAAUGUCUCAGCCCAUCCUGAAGGCUGUUGUUGAAGAUAAGGAGAAGUUUUCCAGCCUGGGGACGACGAAGAAGAAAACGCUGAGAGGACAAGGGACAUUUGAUGGGGAAGAAAAUGCUGUAUUGUAUCAGAACUACAAAGAAAAAGCUCUGGACAUCGAUUCUGACGAGGAGACGGAGCCCCGAGAGCAGAAAUCAGAUGAAAAGGUUGUUUUUCCCUAUAAACCCCUGAGAUCAACAUGGAGUCAGCUAUCAGUUGUGAAAAAGAAUGGAUUGUCAGAAACAAUCAGCCAGGAAGAAAGAAAGAGACAAGAGGCCAUAUUUGAAGUGAUAUCUUCUGAGCAUUCGUACUUGCUGAGCUUGGAGAUUCUGAUCCGGAUGUUUAAAAACUCCCGAGAGCUGAGCCUCACCAUGACCAAAACGGAGAGCCACCACCUUUUCUCCAAUAUAACAGACGUUUAUGAAGCAAGUAAAAAGUUCUUCAAAGAACUUGAAGCAAGACAUCAGAACAACAUCUUCAUCGAUGAUAUCAGCGAUAUUGUGGAGAAGCACACUUCUUCAACGUUUGAUCCUUAUGUAAAAUACUGCACUAAUGAAGUCUAUCAGCAGCGGACACUUCAGAAAUUGCUAGCUACAAAUCCAGCAUUUAAGGAGGCGUUGGCACGCAUUGAGUCCCAUGAAGACUGCAGGAAUUUACCGAUGAUCUCCUUCCUCAUUCUCCCUAUGCAGAGAGUUACUCGACUUCCAUUACUGAUGGAUACAAUUUGUCAGAAAACUCCUAAAGAUUCACCAAAAUAUGAGAACUGCAAGCAGGCCCUGAAAGAAGUAAGCAAGUUGGUGCGUUUGUGCAACGAAGGUGCUCGAAAAAUGGAAAGGACAGAAAUGUUGUACACAAUUAACUCCCAGCUGGAAUUUAAAAUCAAGCCAUUUCCUUUGGUUUCUUCUUCGCGGUGGUUGGUGAAAAGGGGCGAGUUAACAGCGUAUGUAGAAGACACGGGACUUUUCUCCAAAAGGACUUGCAAGCAGCAGGUGUACUUCUUCCUCUUCAAUGAUGUCCUCAUUAUUACCAAGAAGAAGAGUGAUGAGAGUUACAACGUCACCGAUUAUUCCCUGAGGGAGCAGCUGGUGGUACAGCAGUGUGACAGCGAGGACCUGACCUCUUCUCCCAUGAAGAACACUUCAGCCAUGCUGUACUCACGGCAGAGCUCCCCAGUUCACCUCUUCAGACUGUCUGUCCUCAGUAACCACGCAGGAGAGAAGGUGGAGCUGCUCCUGGGAACAGACACUCAGAGUGAAAGAGCUCGCUGGAUUACAGUGCUUGGACAAGACAGAGACAGGCAGAGCACAGACAGAACCACUUUGACACAGGUGGAGAUCAUCAGAACUUACACAGCAAAGCAGUCAGACGAGCUGUCUCUUCAAGUUGCUGAUGUUGUUUUGGUUUAUCAGAAAGUAAAUGACGGUUGGUAUGAAGGGGAACGACUGCGGGAUGGUGAAAGAGGGUGGUUUCCUAUGGAGUGUGCAAAGGAGAUCACGUGUCGUGCUACAAUUGACAAGAACAUGGAGCGCAUGGGACGUCUGCUUGGACUUGAAACAAACGUAUAGAUGGUUUCUGCAUCCUCGUACUGUGCUGCAGGAUUUGCACUAAACUGCUGCCAGCAGAGGCACAGCUGCACACACUACAGCUCUUGCAUGGCAGACAUGAGGCACAGAUGCAUUGAAUACAGUGACGGCACCGAUACUUCAGAUUUUGAUUCACAUUCUGAGAGCUCUGAACUGAUGCUUGGCUUGAGGAACAGCAGUUUCUAUGAGAAUGAGGUUCCUGGGCAGUGCAGAUCAGCCAUACUUUUUUUCAACAUGAGAUUUCCCUUUCAGCUGUGCUUCUCCCAUCCCCAUUUAUAUCUUUCUCCAUCUGUUUCCUUGAUCAUUUUUACUUACUUUCUUUCAAAUUCAGACCUCCCUGUAGCAGGCUGAAUACCAGCAGCUCACCAAAUAAAUACAUACAUUGAGCUGGAAGGAGAGCAGGAGCACAACACUGGGGGAGGGGAGUUCAGCUCCUAAGAACUGCAGUAUUACAUUCUCAGAACCCGAAAACACAUUGAAAGUUACUUCCCCGUGUCGUCAAAAUCUUUGUUUAACCUGAGCUACACGAACCAGCAUGUAACUGAUGAAGGACUGCCUGUCCAGCAGCAGCUCUGUAGGACACAGUGAGAUUGCCAGUCUCAGUUAUAGAGCUGACACACCUCGUGUGGUGGUGCUGUUCUUGGCUUUGGAGAUCUGUCACGGUUGCACUUCACACAACGCCUCUGUUUUUGCAUCUGUGGUUUAGCUUUGGAAUUUCACUGAAAAAAAGAACUACUUAAUGUCGUGUGAACAGAAUGCACUCAGAAUCAAGUUAAUUUCAGCGCCUCUUUUCUGUAUAUAGAUGUGACAGUUUGUAUUACAACCACCUCCAUCUCUUUGUGGCCCGGCUGAUGGCAGAGCGGGUUUCAGUGUGUGUUAAGUGAGAGAAAGACGUGUGGCAGCCAGGCACGCCGUCACCUUCCCCGCAGUUUGUGAAAGGUUCUGGACGCUGCUUCACAUCAACUGUGCUGAGUUGUGAAUAGCUUUGUUUAUAAACGUGUACCUCUGUAACAAAGGGCAGGCUGGCAGGAGGGCAUUCGUACAAGAGCACUUCCCAUGACAGCCUGACAGCAGCCUUCAGCCUUUGAGAUUCAUUGAUGGAAGGUGAACUGAUGAAGUGGCGAUGAUUCGGACCGCACACUGAGCAGAAUCUUAUUUAACACAGUAGAAGGACUGCUAAUAUUGUAACAAAGGCUUUAUUGUACACAGACAGGUGUUUAACACGUAACUGAAUGUAUAAAUCCAGGCAUUAAUUUUAUUCAGAUUUUUAAUACACUGUAUAUAUUUUUCAUACCUAUUUUUUCCAGAAGUGCUGUAAUGUUUUUUAAAAGCAUUUUUUCUUAUUUUCAGACACAGGAAUUAAAGACUUUUAUGAUUUUAUAGGACUACAAUCAAUAAAAUCCUUUAAAAUCCUUACUAAAAUACAGCCUGUUUGUCUUCAGGGAGCACUGAGCUGCAGGUCAUUAACACCAUUGUCAGAGAAGUUGGAUGUGUCUGAACCAGCACUGCCCUGUAACUCAAUGUCCUCAUUAGGUCAUCAAUGAAGAUGUUAAACAAGACGGGCCUCUGUACCAACCCCCAGGGGACACCACUUGUAACAGGUCACCAGCCAGACUUAACUCCAUUAACCACUACCUGCUGGGCACGGCCCUCCAGCCAGUUCCUUACCCAAAGGAACUCCACAGACAGGAGUCAGCAGACCUGCCAUCUCGGACUCCUGGAUGGCAAAGUUUAACCUCUUUAGGACCAUGGUUGGGGGGGGCCAUGGGAGGUAGUUUUGGAAGACAUGGGAGCCCAAAAAGGCUAGCAAUACUUUAAGGCAGUUAUUUUAAAGAUACAGGAGCUGAUGAAGGUAAGGAUGUUGAUCUAGUUUACCUGGACUUCAUUAAUGCCUUUGACACUGUAGCCCCCUAUCCUCGUGCAGAAGCUGGCUGCCCAUGAUUUGGAUGGGUGUAUGCUGAGCUGGGUGAAGCACUGGCUGGAUGGCCGGGCCCAAAGAGCUGUGGACAAUGCAGUUAAACACAUUUGGUGGCUGGUCACCAGUGGUGCCCCCAGGGCUCGGUACUGGGACCACUUCUAUUUAGCAUCUUUAUUAAAGAUCUUGAUGAGGGGAUUGAGUGCACCCUCAGUAAAUUUGCAGAUGACACCAAGUUGGGAGGGAGUGCUGAUCUGCCUGAGGGGAGAAACGCACUUCAGAGGGACCUGGAUAGACUGGAUCAAUAGGCCAGGGCAAACUGUGUGGGUUUCAAUUGGGCCAAGCGUCGGGUCCUGCAUUUCGGUCACAAUGCCAGGCAAUCCUACAGGGUUGGGGAGGAGCGGCUGGAAAGCUGCCUGAUGGAAAGGGACCGCGCUGUGCUGAUGGACAUGAGGCAGCAGUGCGCCCAGCUGGACAAGAAGGCUGAUGAAAAGGUUCGUGCCCCAGGGCACCUACCUCAUCGCCGCUGUUACAGCCGCCAUGCAGGCAGCCCCGGCCCCGUUUAAAUCCCCGCAGCGCUGAGCGGCACCGCGUGCGGAGAGCAGGAGAGACACGGCUGGGGGAGAAGUCCUUUAAUGUGACACUGCGCCCAGACACAGAAUGAGUAAAAAAAAA